CAUGAAGCUUCUGCUCUUCAGCUGCCUCCUCUCAGCUGCCUUCGGCGAGCAGCUCUUUGUCGGAGACCAAGUUCUCCGCAUCAAAGCAGAAAAUGAAGAACAGUUGCGCACGCUAAAGGAACUGGAGGAAAGGGAAGAUUUGCAGAUAGACUUCUGGCUGAGUCCAGCUAAGCCCACCCUUCCAGUGGACAUGAGAGUCCCCUUCCAGAGCCUUCAGUCUGUCAAGGUCUUCUUGGAGUCCGAGGGGAUUCCCUACACUAUCAUGAUAGAAGAUCUACAGGAUUUGCUGGAUAAGGAAAAGGAAACCAUGCUGUUGUCGAGAAAGUCUGAAAGGAGCUCGGGGGAAUUCAGCUUCUCUUCCUACCACACGAUUGAAGAGAUCUACAGCUGGAUGGAUCAUUUUGUGGCAGAAAACCCAAACCUGGUCAGCAAACUCCAGAUUGGACAGAGCUACGAAGGACGGCCGAUCUACGUCCUCAAGUCUCAGAUAGUACACCUGACGGGCACCAUGAAAGGUGUCGGCAGACUCCCUCGUGCCCACAGACACUCUGUUGGAGACCCCCGACUUACACGGUCCUUGGUUCCUUCCACUCAGAUUAUUGAUGGUUACGGCAAGGAGGCCUCCCUGACUUCCAUCUUGAACAACUUUGAUAUCUUCUUGGAAAUCGUCACAAACCCCGAUGGCUUUGCUUUUACUCACUCCAAGAAUCGGAUGUGGCGCAAAACCAGAUCUAUCAACAGUGGAUCAUCCUGUGUUGGAGUAGAUCCCAACAGGAACUGGGAUGCAGGUUUUGGAGUGGCCGGCUCCAGCGGGAAUCCCUGCUCCGAGACGUACCGCGGGCCCUACGCCAACUCCGAGCCCGAGGUGAAAGCCAUCGUGGACUUUGUGAAGAGCCACGGCAACAUCAAAACGUUCAUCUCCAUCCACAGCUACUCCCAGCUGCUCCUCUAUCCUUACGGCUACACCAGCAAAAAGGCGGCCGAUCAGCCGGAGUUGGACGCUCUGGCUAAGAAGGCGGUCGAUGCCCUCGCUUCCCUGCACGGCACCCGGUACAAAUAUGGCAGCAUCAUCACCACCAUUUACCAAGCCAGCGGGGGCACCAUAGACUGGACCUACGAACAAGGCAUUAAGUACUCCUACACGUUUGAGCUGAGAGACACGGGCCGGUACGGGUUCUUGCUCCCUGCCAGUCAGAUCCUGCCUACUGCCGAGGAGACCUGGCUGGCUCUGAUGGUCAUCAUGGAGCACACGCGCGACCAUCGGUACUAAACAAGAACCGAGUGCCA